AUGUUGCCCCCCAAUCCCUUUUCAACUUCCCACAACCCCCCUCCUCUCCCCAAACCCCCACCAACCAUCACAACCUCCCUGCGCAUGACUGCAUGGACGAGCAGUGCCAUUCCGGACUGGUUCCGGAUGGGUGAGGUGCAGGUGCUGGUGGCCAGUGAUGCCAUGACACGUGGCAUGGAUGUGGAGGGCGUGUUCAACCCUGUCAGCUACGACGCGCCCGUUUAUAUAAAAAUUCUUGUUCACCAGGCAGGGCAAACUGCUCGGACAGGCAGGCUGGGGCAUUGUUACACGAUUCUGAGGAAGCAAAAGGUGCGGUGGAUGCUUGUGACCGUGCAUGCUCAUCCAUCCCCUGGCGCCUCUACCACUGCCCCGUCCUCGUUUCCUAUUCCAUCCCGUCUCUCCACCCCGUCCUCGUUUCCUAUUCCAUCCCGUCUCUCCACCCCGUCCUCGUUUCCUAUUCCAUCCCGUCUCUCCACCCCGUCCUCGUUCGCAGCAGUGGAGCACCUCAAGACGGUGGUGCUGGGCGAGGAGAAGUGUAGAGGCAAGUGA